AUGGACAGUUCUGAAGCAGCUCUUGAUAGGAUUGAGGCACAGGGGUCAGCAGAUGACCAACGGGAACAAAGAUGGUUCCCCAUGAAUCUGAUAAGCAAAAGCGCACGCACACUCAGUUCACGAGCUUUCCUUGAAAGUGGAGGAGAACGCACGCCGCUACCUAAGGAUGUCCCAGAGUACCUUACCAACCUCAUAUUGUCUGAUCUUUACAACCUUCCANGUGAAUAUGUGCCGAUGACUCCGGAGAUUUUUAGCGCAAUGAGAGGUGGAAACAGAGAGUUUCUGGAGAAGAUGAAAAGCUACGGAACACCGAUUCCAUAUUUCAAGAACGAUAAAGGAGAUUCCAUUCUUCACCUUGCUGCAGCUUGGGGUCAUCUUGAACUAGUGAAGGGCAUAGUUUCUGAAUGUCCAUAUCUUCUAUUGGAGCAAAACUCAAAGGAUCAGCUUCCGCUACAUGUCGCUGCUCAUGCUGGUCAUUUAACUGUUGUUGAGGCACUAGUUGCGACAGUAACAUUUUUCUCAGCUAAACUCUUUGAUGAAGAAGAGAGAGAGAAACUGAAUAUAUAUGUUCUCAAGGACAUAAAUGGAGAUACUCCUCUGCACUUAGCCUUGAAAGACCUCCAUAAAAUACCAGAGGUUUUAAGGUAUCAGAAACAUAUCAGACCUGUACAAUCCGCAUUUCACCGUUUCAGAGCCAGUUCAUUUCCUGAUACAUCAACACCCCAAAAGGAGACAGCUGCCUGUCUAGUGAAAGCGAACCAACGUGCUUCGUUUCUUGCGAAUAAAGAUGGAGUAUCUCCCUUGUAUAUGGCCACAGAAGUUGGUAGUUUAUCCCUUGUGAAUGCAAUGCUGGAACUUCCUGGUAAUAACAUCCAGGGCGAAACCUCUAACCUAGCCUCACAAUUGGAAGGGAGAAAAUCGCUUGUACACGCAGCUCUAAAGGCCAAGAGUACAUAUGUUCUUGAUGUAAUCCUCAAUGACGACCUGGGUCUUAUCAACGAGCGAGAUGAAGAAGGGAGAACUUGUCUUUCGGUUGGAGCAUCUGUAGGGUUUUAUGAAGGAAUAUGCAAAGUAUUAGACAGAUCAACAUCAAAUGUUUAUGAGUGCGACAGUGAUGGUUCCUUUUCAAUCCAUAUGGCAGUAGAGAAAGGUCAUAUGCAUAUUGUGGAAGAGUUUCUAAAACGUUGUCCAGAUUCAGUAUACCUGCUCAACAAACAAGGUCAGAACAUUCUUCACAUCGCAGCAAAGAGUGGCAAAGCUAAAUCUUUUCUUUUGGAUUAUGUAAAGAGAGUUGAUACAAAGAAUCAUCUGAUUGAGGAGCAAGAUGUGGAUGGGAAUACACCUUUGCACCUAGCCACGAUACAUUGGCGCCCUCGAACUCUUAGGAAGCUUACUAUGUUUGCUUUGACCAACCCAAAAGUCCUGAAUAUACAGAACAAAGAUGGCUUGAGGCCUAUUGAUAUUGCUGGCUUAAAUCUUCAGUCUAAUUACAUUUUCCAGGAGAGAAUGACGUUGGUGGUGUUGCUGCGCAUUUACUCACCAGAUGAUUAUCCAUGGAUGCCGCUGAGUGGGAUGACAUUAAGAAGCAGAUCUGAGCAGCAUCGAAGUGAUGGUGGUAACAAAUACAAGGACCAAAUCAAUAUUCUUCUACUGGUGGCAGCUCUUGUAGCAACCGUAACGUUUGCUGCAGGAUUUACAAUACCAGGUGGCUUUAACAGCUCUGAACCAAAACCAGGUGGCUUUAACAGCUCUGAUCCAAACCCGGGCAUGGCCAUUUUGGCCAAAGACGACAAACUCUCUAAUUUUCUGGUAUCCGACACCCUUGCAAUGCAAUUCUCUGUUGUAGCAAUAGUUUCUCUUGUCUGGGCUCAGCUAGGGGAUCCUUACAUCGUAGACAGAGCCUUGGGAUUGGCACUGCCAGCACUAUACUUUGCUCUGAGCGCCAUGUACGUGGCAUUCGUAUGUGGCGUGCAGACGACAAUAAAACAGAACAAGUCUCUUUUGAAAUGGAUUACCAUCACAUCUAUGAUCUUCUAUCUCGUGGUUGUUUUUAUCUAUAUCCCUUACUUUAUCCCGCAAUGCUACGCUAGUACUUUUCUCCCUCUUCUUUUGUGGUUUGUUAAUGAAGACGAUGCUGAAAAACAUCACACCUCUGUGAAGAUCGCAGGCAAGGAUCAUGUUGAAAAGCCAGAGCGUUCCUAA